AUGGGCAGUUCACAUAGCAAGUCUUACAGGCUCGCAGAGGAUAUACGGAAACCAGCCAUAGGGACUACCAGUUUGUCAGCAGAUGAGCCAUCAACCAAUAAACGCCAUCAUCAUGGUUUUGAUGCAGACCGAGAUGCCAAGAAAAUACACAGCGCCUGCAAAGGAGCGGGAACUGAUGAAAAGAAAAUUAUCGAAGUCUUGUCAAGUCGAACAUCACAGCAGAGGCAACAAAUAAAACAGAAGUACAAGGCUCUGUAUAACAAGGAUUUGGAAGAGGACCUGAAGGGAGAUCUGAGUGGGAAUUUUGAAAAGGCCGUACUGGCUCUGCUGGACCUGCCUUGCGAGUAUGAGGCCCGAGAGCUUCAGAAGGCGAUGAAGGGCGCUGGGACAGAUGAGUCGGUGCUGAUCGAGAUUCUCUGCACACAAAACAAUAAGGAAAUUGUAAACAUAAAGGAGGCAUACAAACGGCUCUUUGAUAGAGAUCUGGAGUCUGAUGUUAAAAGUGACACAAGUGGCUCCCUACGGAAGAUAUUAGUCACUGUGCUAGAG